AUGCUAACUGCGUGCAAAGAUGAAUUACCCAAUGCACAUAGAAACUGCAUCCACGAAAUCCUGAAUGCGCUUGUUUGUCACGACAAUGAUUUGCGGCGCAUCAAUAUCGAGUUACGCGAGUUACAGUAUGAAUAUAAGAACGAAAUGAAUAAACUGCAUUUUGGUCCUACGAAACGAAAUAAGGCAGAGUGCAAAGGAUCUGAAGAGAUUGUCAACUUUACUCGAAAAAUUACCACAAUUCAUGAUCUAAACCAAUGCUUUUCAAAGAAAAGCGAAGCGCUCAAGAAAAAUCGUGAAGAAAUUAUUAAUGCUGCGCGCCAAUGCAUUUUGGCAUUAAAUUCCGAAAAAUGCAAAUUCAAGCAAUUUCAUGAGAAGACUGUUGAUUACUUAAAACGAUAUGCCAUCAAAUCUGAUGAUCCAACUGUCAUACAAAAUUGCGAAAAAGAUAUUUGUGAAAUGCAUAAAUUAUUCGUUAAAGAAGUUGCGUUUAUAAAAAAAUGUGAAACAGACUUGGAAUCCUUUUUUCAGCUAUGCAAUUUGCAAGACAUGGAUGUUUGUUGUUGUUUUAAGGAUUAUGAUUGGAUACCGACAGGCAAAACGCUUGACGUGGUUGAUGACCUCGCCAAUGAAAUAAAGUGUCUAAUGGGUACAACAAUCAGCAAGGCCUUUGCACAAUUUCAUAUUCGGCAGGCUCCAGAUAUUAAAUCUUUUCUGGCAGCAUACCUUAUGAAUUUAGAACACAACGAAGAAGUGCUUAGAGAAAAACUAAAUAUUUUUAGCAGUUUGACCUAG